AUGUGGUACAACCAUUCAAAUAUUAUUUUAUAUAUCAUUAGAGACGUAGAAAUUUAUUUGUGCAUUUUUUUAAUAUUAUCUUUAUUAACUAUUAAAAGGAUCCGUAAGUUGAUUAAAUCAAAUUUUCUUCAAGAUGAUGAAUUAUUUAAUAAACUAUCAAAAACAUUUUACCCAACGGAAGUAAAAGUAGCUUAUAAUCCAUUUAAAUGCAUUAUAAAAAGUGCAUUAUAUCAUAUUUAUUAUUUUACAACAAUUUUAAACUUAAUUUAUUUAUUUAGAUUUUACGUUUGUUACAAAAAAUUCAUACACGAUUAUUUAUUUUCCUUUAGUUUUUUAAAAAUUUGCAUUUCCAUUUUAGAUGAAUUUGAUUUUUAUUUAUUCAAUUAUGGAGUAAGACGAUCAUUUAUUUUUAUAUUUAUUUUUGGAAAUUGUAUUUCUCUUUUGUUUUAUAAAAUUGUGUACUUUUUUUUAAAGAGGAGAAAAAAGUAUAUAAUUGUGAAGAGGGUAAAUGUAUUAAAUUAUUGCCUAGAAUUAGCAAAAAUAGACUUUAAGGAAUAUGUGAAAUCAAAAAAAAAAAAAAAAAAAGGUAGUAGAUUUAAGUUUGUUUUAAAUAAUUCUAAAGACUUUUACUACUAUGGUUAUGAUAAUAACUAUGAAAAAUAUAGUAAGAAUAUAGAGGAAGAAACAAAUAAUUAUAAUAAAAAAGGAAUUAUUAGAAAAAGAAAAAGAAACUUAUUCAGUUAUAUAAUUAAUACUUUUUUACUUAAUAAACAUGUGUUGCAUAAUGAAAAAUUAUUAUAUGAUAAUUCUAUAAAGGAUAAAGAAAAUGUAAUAAAUACAUAUAAAAAAUUUCCUCUUACUAUAUUAAAGUCGUUAUUUCAUUUUAUUAAAAAGGUAAAAGAUGUAAAUGUUGAAAAAAAUAAUAGUGAUAAAAAUAAUUUAGAAGAAAAGAAAAAUACAUCAAAUAACAGCGAAUUAAUUAAUUUUAAAAAUAGUUAUGUAAAUAAAAAAGAAGAGGAUGAAAAUAAAAAAAAAGAGAAUGAAAAUAAAAAAGAAGAGGAUGAAAAUAAAAAAAAAGAGAAUGAAAAUAAAAAAGAAAAGAAUGAAAAUAAAAAUAUAAACACUAGUAAUAAAGUAGAUAAAAUCAUGGAAGAAGUAACUUCUAAAUAUAACAUUAGUAAUUUACAUAAUAAUACUGAAAUAGAAGAAAAAAUAAAUGAAGACUCGCAGUUUAAUAACAUAUAUUUAUGUGAAUUAAAAUUAAUGUAUUGUAAUGUUUACGUGUGUAAUUCUCAUUAUCAAUACAAAAACAUAAUUGAUAUACUAAUAUUGCAUUUACCUAUUUAUUUUUUUUUUAAGAAUAAAAUGUUUGUUAAAACAUCCUUUACUUUAGUAUUAUAUCUUUUGAAUUUUAUAAUAUGGAAUUUUACAAAACUUUUAUCAAUGAUAAAACCAUCUAUACUUAUAUAUUAUUAUAUACUUAAUGAGCAUAUAUCUCAAAUAUUAAGUGAAAAUUUAAAUGAGUUUGAGAAAAAAGUAAUGUUACAUUUUUUUUACGGAUUUUUUUUUUGCUCUCUAAUAUAUUUAAAGUAUUAUAUUGAUAUAGAAUUCAAACUAAUAAAACUAGAACAUAUGGAUUAUUUUCAAAAAAUAAUUAACGAUUGUCUAAAUAAAGCUUUUAAAUUAAAGUCACAAAAAAUUAUUAAAAAUUAUGAGGAUAUGAAAAUUUUUCCAUUAUGCAUUGAUCAUAAAAAGAAAAAUAUAUAUAUUAAUAAAAGCUUACUAAAAACUAACAAGGAAUUAGAAGAAUUAAAACAAAAAAAAAAAUUAAAAAAUGAAAAAAAUUAUCUACAAAGCAUAUAUCAAAUAGUUAAGUUUUGUGAUGAAGACUUCUCUAAAGAAUUAUUAACAAAAAUUAAAAAUAUUAUAUUGAAAGAAUUACCUGAAAAAUUAGCGAAUAAUUUAUGUCAAAAAGUAUCCGAUGAAAUAUAUCAAAAGAUACUAAAUAAGGAGUCGUUUCUUUUAAAUAAAGAUACCCCAAACAGUAUAUAUUCAUCAAUGAAAAGAAAUAUAUUAUGUGAAAUUUUUGAAGAAACAAAAAAUAAUGAAUCAAAUAAUACAGAUGUUAAAAGCAGCAAUGAAAAAAUUCAAGAAGAUAAACCAAUUAGUGAAGCUAUUAAAGAGAUACAUAGAUGA